AUGGAAGUGAUGGGCCGUGUGAAACCGCAACGAGGCCUUAGCGCGGCCGGGAGCGUGACAGAGUUCAGAACUAUUCCGUUACACUCCACAGAUUCCACGUACGCUCCGAUCCUCGGCCAUUCUCGAUCGCCGAUCCUCGGCCGCCACCCCGAUCAAUCAUAUAGACUAUUCCGUUACACUCCACAGAUUCAGCGUACGCUCCGAUUCUCGGCCAUUCUCGAUCGCCGAUCCUCGGCCGCUACGAACGCGCAUAUAUUCUUCCGCCCCGAAGCUCCACCGCGUACGCCACCACAUACACAUAUAAAUAUCCACCUCGAUCGCUGA